AUGGUAGCAUUUUCACAACAACUAAAGCCGAGUCAAGGGGUUCAUCUGGCCGGCUGCCAAAGGGAGCGCGAGCUGCUCCAGUGGAGUCGUGUGGGGGAAAAAAAGGGGGGAAAGAAAGAAAAGAAAAAGAAAAAGAAAAAGAAGGAAAAAAAAAGCAGAUUCCCAUUCUACUUAACGAAUGCUUUAUUACAAUAUGACGAUCGAUGCCUUCGACUUGGUCUGAAUCUCAGGGAGUCUUCUAUGUCUUCUGCUGCAUUGCACUGUGCUUGGGUUGAAUCUUUGCCGGGUUUCCUGAUACCAAAUCCAUGGGGAUACAUAGAAAUGGGGAAAAGGAAUAAAACGAGCUGUCUCUUUCAAUUCUCACUGUCCAUUGCCUUGGUUGUUUUUCGUUGGGUUCUCAAGGGUUGUUUUUUUUUUUUUUUUUUUUUUUCAUCAGUCGGCGUUGUUACGGCCGUCAUAGCAGCAUUGUUUCUUCCCAUUGCUGUCGAAUAUACCAUAACGGGAGCAGGUUUGAUAUUGUCUUUUCGUCUUCUUGCCUUUGUCGUUGUUUCUGGCCGUGCUCCUGCAUUCUGCUGGCGGCUGUUCCUUUUCAUGGAUGCCCGUCAGCCAUUGUAA